UAGCACGGGGAAGUGAAUUUGUACUGCCUGGGUUACUAUAGAAACGUUUCACUCUUAAUCGAAAUCUGUUCUUUUUGGGGUGGUAGGUUAAUGGACAGUAACCAUUAACGGUGGUAUAUGCGGUAUUAUUCAUUUUUUUGUUUCGUUUCUAACGUAUUAGACUUGCUGUUUAUUAUUGAACAAUUCGUUUGAUUAAAUAAAACGUGAAUUUGUUAAAUAUAAGCUAUAUACAAAAAAAAAAAGAUAGGAGCGCAGUGUUGGUCAAAACAGAAGCUUGGGACUGAAAAUCAAAAUCAAAAUCAAUUUCUUAAUAAAAAAAAAUAUAUAUUCAAUAUAUCAGCCCUUCCGUUCAGUGCUAGCUAGGGUUGGCUAGAAGAUAUGUCAGUUGACGAGAAGGCGGGACGUCCUGAUUAAAGGGCAAAGAAAAUCGCCCAAUGGGAGCGCAGAGAUGAUCCUUUCAUUUAGUCUGGUCUGUCUUGUUUACAUGAAGCGUUCAGCUUAGCCUUUUAUCAAGAAACAUGCAGCAAAAGAUUUGACAGCUGGAGGUGACAGAAACACCAUCGUUGAACUGUAUUGUCUGUGCAAAACAAUACGUUGAGAAGACUGCUGAAAUAAGAGUUCUGUUUCCAAAGGUUGAAGUGUCUUUAGGGCCGUGGCAAAAAGAAACAUCUCCUGGGAAACAAAAAUAUUUGUUGUCUGCAGCAUGGAUUUUGGUGUGUGAGAGUCAUAAAGAGCAAAAAAAAAGAUGCCAUACAGCAACAGAGAACUGGUGAAAGAUUUUAUAAGCUACAAACUGUCCCAAAAAAACUUAGUGUGGAACCAGGUUAAUGGGGACGGUAGGACUGGUAACGCUGGGGUCCUGGAUCCGGACACCGAAAGGGACGGGGGCCACGUCAAUGGAUCCAUAAACGGGACGGACAAUGGGAGCAGCCUGGUCGGGAUCGAGGCAGUGAAGGAGGCCCUGCGAGAUUCGGGGGACGAGUUUGAGUUGAGGUACCGUCGGGCGUUCAGCGACCUCUCCUCCCAGCUGCACAUCACCCCGGGCACAGCCUACCAAAGCUUCGAGCAGGUGGUGAACGAACUCUUCCGGGACGGGGUGAACUGGGGGCGCGUGGUGGCGCUUUUCGCUUUCGGCGGGGCGUUGUGUGUGGAGAGCGUGGAGAAGGAAAUGGGGUCCCUGGUGGGGCGGAUAGCAGACUGGAUGACUACCUACCUGGACAGCAACAUAGAGCCCUGGAUACAGAGGCAAGGAGGCUGGGACACCUUUGCUGCGCUCUAUGGGAGGGAUGCAGCAGCCGAGAGCAGGAGGUCUCAAGAAAGCUUCAUGAAGUGGCUGUUCGCUGGAAUGACUCUGGCUACCGGUCUCGUCGUCGGCUCCUACAUUGUACACAAGCGCUUGUAGAGCUGACGAGACACUCGCCACGCGACAAGGAGAAACACUCAACCAGAACCAUGUUGAGCAAAUGACUCUGCAUCCCCCCCCCCCCCCCCCACACACACACACACACACACAGGUGUCUCUCUGCAAUACUAAACUGCUUUGCAAAUGACUCUGCAUUCCCUCCACACACACAGGUGUCCCUCUGCAAUACCAAACUGCUUUGCAAAUGUCACAUUCCAGCCCCGGUGCUCGGGAUCUCCACCUUUUCAAUUUUUCUUUUUUUUUUUUUUCUCCCAGGAUGGCCUAAAUAAAACUUCAACACAACCUAAAAAAAAAAGAAAAAAACAUGCCCGGCGGGUGGUUUCCUAAAGCGAGAUAGAUUUAGAAGUGAGAAAACUGACUUAAAGACUGUGUGAAGGACCAGAAGAGCCUGGCUGGCAAUCGCUGCCCGGUUCUUUUCGGACCCUUGUAACUGUCACUGCAGAGCGCAGACUGUUCUAGUUCACUGUGUUUUAAUACACGUCACCACUGAGUAACAGCCUGGCCUCCGACGCAUGUCAUUCCACUACACGCAUCUUUGCCAGGCUGGUCAGGACAGGUUGGCUUUUCUUCUUUGUUUUUCUGUUCAUCUGACCACAUGAAAGAAAGGAGAGAGAACCCAUCACAUCAGACUUAAACCCUUGACACUGUGUAGUUAUAGAAACCGUUCUAUUGAUCCGAUGCUACUGCUGUACUAGUUCAACAUUGCGACGCAGAAUAUGUAAGCAUCCAUUAAAGUCACAAGGAUCUCGCGAUUGUUCCUUAUCCGUGGGUUAAGACCACAGAGGCUAAACAUGUGACUGAUGCUUGACUGCUUGAGCAUGAUUCAGUUGUCUGUUGCUGCUGCUGCACUAAUCUCAUUUUGAUCCGAUAUUUCCGGUUAGUCAGGCAGCUCUGUUUAUGAAAACAGCUACAGUCGCAUAAGACUGUGUCAUACACUCUCAUUGAUGCGGAUCAGCCAAAUCCUUGUGACUUCUGUGUACAUCAUUGUUUUGUGACACAUUCUGCCCAUCCUUUCAAAGAUUAUUAUUAUUAUUAUUAUUAUUAUUAUUAUUAUUAUUAUUAUUAUUAUAUAUAUUUUUUUUUUCAUUUACUAAACUUUUAACUGGAUUGUUUUCAAAUUUAAAAGUUCAUUCAAUAAAUGCAACGAAUGUAUGUGGAGCAGUCAUAUUUGCUAAAAUGUUGAUGUGUUCAUCAAAUCAAACAAUAUAUAUUGUUUUAUGAACCCAUUUUUUCCUCUAAAAUGUAACCAUUUCUGCAUUCAAAUGUUGGAUGAUAACUUCAGUCAUAAAUGACGAUAACAGGUUUUAAUCUACCAUUGUUUUUUGAAUAGCACACUCUGCCACUCUGUGGUGGAAUGUUGUAAUAACUGCGAUGGCCAACACACUUUCUGCACACCCCUGUAAUGUAAGUGGUGACAACACUGUAAGCAAACAGUAUGUAUGGUCAUGUAUCUUUAACACACCAGAACGGAGUGCAUUUCCAGAUGCUUAAGUCAGUUCAGUAAUAAUAUCAAACAUCGUGCUGGAGCCGCUUCUGCUAAAUUACAAUAUUUCCUAAUUUCUUGGUUACUUUUUCAAACUGUGCUGACUUGUAUUUGUCCUAAAACAAAAUCAGAUGUGUGACUUGGGCAGGUUUUUACUUAACAUCAUGAAUGUAUAAGCAACCCUAACCCUGAUGCUGAACCCCUGUGCUGUUUGCCAGUGUUCAAACACUGCCUGUAAGGAGGGAACGGGUCCUUGGGUCCCAGGGUUCCUCUGACGGGGCUACUUUUGGGGUAGCUGCCAAGCGUCCACAAUAUGAAGUGUUUAGUGUUGCUAAUAGAUGAUUAGAACGAGGCAUCCUGGGGACUGGAGUUGCCCACCCUGGCUUAAAGCAGCCCUGUAUGUAAUAGUUAUAUAUUCCAUACAACCUAAUUGAGAACAUGUUGUUUUUUUUUGCUUGAGGUUGUUUCUAUGCUGUGUCUUACUUUCAAGUUCUUAUGCCAGAAUAACCAAUGCAGCACUACAUUACCUACUGUAGUUGAAAAAUUAAACUCAAUUUAGUAUACUUUCAUUAGAAUAUUUAAUAAACAAUGUUAUUUAAAUGUAUUAUUCCAUGUACAGCAUAUACAAUGUUUUCAUGUUGCCUUAAUUUGUUAAUACAUGCUUUUUUUUUGAGUGAAAGGGGAUUUGUUUGAGCUCUUUCUGCAAGGGAGAGUGUGUAUUUAUGGGCUUGAAUUUGUUCACCUUGGUUAAAGUUCAUGUAAAUCUUAGAACACAAAAAGGAAAACCUGACUUCUUUUAAAAGCCUUUUAAAUUAAUUUGCUCAAUCAAACCUGUAUGGGAGACUACCUGUAUAGGACAGCCUCUUUUGUAGUUAUUCCCAACUAUUGAAUCUGAGUAUAUAUCUCUAUCACUGUCUGUUUCUAGCUUGAAUAUAUACAUGUCAGCUGUAUAGAGACAGUAGUUUAUAACCUGUAUAUAACAACACCUGUAUAUAAAGACUAGCCCCCUUAGUUGUUUUUAUAAACAGGUUUGACUCAUUUUUUUUUUUCUUUUGUGUGGAUCCCUUCCAAAGUUCACCUCUGUAAAAUUUAAUUUAAUUUGGAAUUGUGACCAAAUACAGUAUACUUCUGCAAAUUCAAGCCCUGUUAUUACCUUAUGAAAAAAAAAGUUAAUUUAACUUAAAUAUAUAUAUUUUUGUUGCACAGAAAAUAGAUUUAUCAUUUUUGUUAAUGUCUGUUAUAGCUAUUUGGUGAGCUUGAACAGUAGAAAGUAGAAAUGAAACACUGCUGUUUGGUGUAAAAGCCCAGCAUACAGCAUGUUUAUGGAAACCCAGAUAAAGUGGCCAACAUGCAUGUAUUUCAGUGUAUGUAGACUGUAAAUACCUGGGCAGGGAACCUCUGCAGAGUUUGCAGAGCAGUCUAGGAAACAGGCAGACAAUUGACUGCAGUUUCAAAGCUGCCUUUUCUCCAUAAACUUUGAUCUGGCUUAACUAUAUACAUGAUGUCAUCGAACCCUCGGGUCAGUGGCACAACGGUUAGAUCAAGAUGUUGAGACUGUUUGCAGGCAGAGUUUAGCUGCUCUCUGUUCUCUGUUGAUUGUGUAGCUGUAGAUGUUCUAGCUGAAGGCAGAGGUUGGUUAGGCACGGGAGGGUUGUAAGUUUAUACAACUAACAGAGUGAAUGCUGAGCAGUAUUUUGCUUACACUUUUGAUGUACCACUUGAAUCCUAAUAAAUGGAUUGCUCUGUGCUUGCAACCUGAAUGGCAUUUCUCAAUGUUUCACCUGGGUGGCCUUUGCAUUCAGAAUAGGGGACAUUUGGAGAGGUGGGGGGCACAAAUAACAUUGCUUCAUAGAGCUGAAGUGACAACAGCUAGCUGAGAAUAUAUUUAAACAACAAACCUUGUUUUAUUGGAAUUAACGCACGCAUGCACAGGCUGGACUGAAAUGAGACACCUAAGACACUGCACAGUUCACACUGAGCAUUCAUGACAACCAUGCUGACCGAGGCACAUAGCAACAGCAGGGUCCAGCCAUCGCUCGGGAUGGAGGAGAAGGAUUCUCAUUACUUUCAAGACAACCAAGUGAAAAGAAAAGGGCGUGUUGGUGGCAACUAGUCCUGUUUAAAAAUACACUUCAUUAGAGAUUUAAGACGUCCAUGUCUUAUAUUACUAUACAAUCGAGUGGUAAAAGAUUCAUUAAAAUUUGAUCAGUUUUACGUGGGAGUAAUUUCCUCCAAGACCGAACGUACAGUAAUCAAGCACAUGGUAACCCCCCCACACCCCAAUACAUUUACAGGCAACUAAAAACAGGUUUUGUAUUUGUAUCAGGCAAGUUCAUAUUAUCAUUCACUGGCUUGUUGUGGUAAGGGUGAUUUAUAAUGCAACUGUGUAGUACUAGUUUAAUUGUACAUGAUAGAGGGGGCGUUUGCAUGUAAGCACUGUGUUUAACAGGCCGUUCUGCCGUACAGUAAGUGAGUUUAUUGAGUUAGAAGACCAAGCUGGAAUUUCAGUAUUCCCUCCCUUGCUGUGUCUAAUAAAGCUUGAGCUGGUAUCUA